CGCUGCGCCCCUCCACCCCUCCACCAGCCGCAUGCUCCCGCACACCGGUAUCAGUCAGCCCGUGAGAAAUGCGCCGGUGAAUGUAGGGGAUAUUAAUCUUUUUUUGGCUUAGCCGCUUCUCAGAAAAGGAUCUCCUCACCAAAGCGCUCGUUUAAAACUCUGCUGGCUGAAAUCACUGCAAGCUAGCAGCAACAUCACUUGGCAACAUAGGGGAGACGUGUUCCUGUGAGCUGAGCUGGCCACCACGUACAUUCCUCCGUUCGCUGGAUGACAAAUGCCAAGCCUACGGAUGGAUAUUUCAGUCGGAGUAGGAGGGAUCGCAGGAAUGCGCGUGCCGCUGUUUGGGAAUACCGGUUGUGAUGUUUAACCGCUUCUAAGACAUUGACUGUGAAGCUCGCGUGUUCUUGCAGUCAGCACAAUCAAGGUGACGGCAGCUAGCCCGUUAGCUCUCGAGCUAUCCGGGUAGUGUGAGACAGGGAACAGAAAACGCACUUGAUAUCGAAAUAUCGUUAUUGUUAAAAUGAAAAAGCAAAGCACAUAAUAAGCGUGUGCACCUUUUCUUUGCAAGGUGCACUUCCUUAUUGGAUAAUAGUGCUCGUCGCUAAGGAGCGGAUGCCAGGAGAUGCUUGAUAUUCUGGGAGAAAAACUUGACAUAUCUAUAAAAAUGUGAUUAUAGAGCAUAUCAAUCUCGCGUGCUGUUUUACAUCAGCUGAAUAUUUUAAUAUAAACCCCCUGUCAUAUCGAUUCUGGCACUGUACUGUAUAUUAGUGAGUGCCUACUUAUAGUCGGUGACAAGCAAUAUUGUCCUAUCAUCACUACAUUAAACGCAUACUGGUAUUUGUUUACCCCCAAAAUACACCUGCUUCGUUCAGGUCCUGUAAAUGAGUCUUUUGUAUCAGGUUCUUGCAAACACGCGGGUCUCACAGAGCGCUGGUAUCUUAAAUCAGAGUGGAUGCCAAAGCUCCAGACGGAUAUAUGAUGGUGGUGAUUCACUCUACGGGAAUAUGAGGAAGUUACCCUGAACCGAGCACACGGCUCCGCGUUCACGAAACCCCUGCUGCUCCCGAUGGUGAAAUUAUUACCCGGCGGCUGUUUGAUGAGCAGCAAACGAAAGCCACCUCUCCUCGGGUCGCCUCUGAAGUCGAGCUGACAGAAACUGGUGGGGUUUGUUUGAAAGGCUGGAGCAGGGUGUGACCGCACUUCGUUUAAAUGUUACAUGCAGCACUGUAUAUAUCAGCGAAGCUCACUAUGAACGCAGCCUGGAACUUCUACAUCAAUCCAUGUGGAUGACGCCGCCGCCGCCAACGUACGAAAACAAAACGUCGCUGAGGAAAAAGUUGUUUUUUAAAAUUCUUGCGGCUAAAGAGCAGGUCUGUUAGCCAUGUAGCUGGCUGCACAUGACCGUGCUGGACUUCUCCGACUAAUGUCUAGGGUGUCGAAUCUUUUUUUAGUCUGUGUUGUGCGUGUAAGUGUAGAUGUAUAGCAUAGUUAUUUUAGCGUCGUCGUCGUGACUGUUUUUGGUUGCUAUGGCAUUUUUAAACGGCCCCAGACUGCUGGACUGGGCAAACUCUCCUCCACAUUUACAGUUCAACAAAUAUGUCCUGACUGGCUAUAGACCCAUCUCCUCCGUCCAGGAGUGUAUCAAGAGUCUCUUCUAUCUGCACAAUGAGCUGGGGAACAUCUACACACACGGAAUCCCUCUGCUCUGUUUCCUGGUGCUGCUCCCGCUCAACAUCCCUUGGUCACAGAUCAGCGUGAUGUGGCUUGGCGUGGUGCACUUCCUGGCCUGCCUGUCACCGCAGCUGGGCUCAGUGGUCUACCAUCUCUUCAUGAACCAUGAGGGUGGCGAGCCCAUCUACAAAACCCUGCUCACGCUAGAUAUGUGUGGAAUCUGCAUGAUCAACACGCUAGGAGCUCUGCCCAUCGUGUACAGCACUCUUCUCUGCUACCCCUUCACCCGCACAGUGGCUCUGCUGAUUUACAUCCUGCUCUCCAGUUACGCCAUCUACUGUGCCAUCACAGCACGCAGCAGAGUGCGGCGUCUGCGUUCCUUCGCCUGGCAGGCACUUUUUCGCUUCUCGUUUUUCCUUCUGCGCUGGAUAGGUGUGGGCGGAGGGAGUCCCACCUCACUGCGUCACUUUCUCACCAUGGAUGCACUAGCGGUGUUGGGCGGUGUCAUCAAUAUCACACGAAUCCCCGAGCGGUUCCGCCCGGGCCUCUUUGACUACUGGUGCAACAGCCAUCAGAUCAUGCAUGUGCUGGUGGUAGUGUCCAUACUGUACCUACACUGGGGGGUGCUGGACGACUUACUAUGGAUCAACACGUAUCACUGUCCCUCAGACUGACAGUGGCCCCUGCUAGUCUGGAAUCAUGGGUAAUAGGGCGUGAGGACCUCUUUUAGUAAUGACAUGUUUGGGAAUGCGACGUAAUUGGGCAAAGAAUGGUUUGGGUUGGGGGAAGGCUGUUGUGCUUUGUAUAUAAAUGUGUGCACGAAAGUCUAUAAGAAGUGUUUUACAUGUUUUUUUUAGGAGACACCAGUGCCAGCUUUGACACACAUGCUUGUUUGUGCCGUCAGUAGCCAGAAUGUACAUAUCCGUGUUUGCAUAAACAUUGUCUGUGCAUGGCACUGUUUAGACCUGCUAGCUCAAACAAAGCUAAUUUUUGUGGGUUUGAGACCUACACAUUUUAUAGGCGCACACACACAUAUGGGGUCUGACAUUAUUUGAUGUCAUAUGUUCACCAGCAUUUAAAGCAUUUAUAACCUCUAAAUUUAGUUGUAGCUGAACAGUGAAAGACAUGAUUGAGCCCUCAAAUGAUUGGCUCUCGAAAAGCAAGAUUUAACGUAUCACAUAAUCUCAAAUUUGUUGCACAAAAUAGCAUGGCUUUUGUGAACACUAAUUACGGUUUGUCUCGUCUCAAUUUUGCUGGUGAUACAAACAAAGACCACUGGUGCAGAAAUUAUGUAUGCACCACCAACUUUCAACUUAUUACUCUAUUGCAGACUAUGCAGCAUAUCAAAUGUUACAUCAGUGCUAACACCACACACACACACAUACACACGUACUGUAAGCCCAGUCUCACAGCAACAUUUACUGGAAAUACUUGAGUUGACUUUACUUGUUUUAUCACACUCUUCUUUUUUUUGUGUCGUCUCCCUGUGUUCAGGUCCACAUUUUUCACAAUCUCACCCUGAUACCUGUAAGUGAAGGGUGAAGGGGUCAUUCCUUGGUUUGUAGCCUUGACCUUUAUACGUUUACUGGAUGGUUAAAGUUGCUGAGUGCCUAUUUUAUUUCUUAGUGCCCUCUGUGACUUUGAUCAUGUUUGUUAGCAUCGAAGGGGCAUUUAUUCAAUGCAGUUUUUGCAGGAGCACGACUUUAAUAAUACCCUGGGAAACAUUUAACGUUACCUGCAGAAGAUAUUUUCUCUGCUGUGCCGCUGAACAGUCAAUUCAGCCUUGUACACUUAGGGUUUUAAUAUCCUA